UUUACAAUAUUAUUGUCGUGUUUACUUUGCUCCUGCGCUGACGUAUCGUGAAAGGAUACGUAAUAUGAACUUAAAUUGUGCCGUGUUAUAAUAUUUGACGAUUUUUUAUUGUGUGUCCAACACUAAAAUUGCAAAGUCUAUGAUAAAUGUUCGAGAAAAUGACAGGAGAGAGCCUGGAGGAGCUUGCAGUGCGUCUGUUCGACGCGGGCGCUGUGCGACUGGGCGACAUUGAGGCGAAGCUCGGCCGACGCACACCAAUAUACUUUGACUUAAGAGUUAUUGUCUCACAUCCCAAGCUUAUGAUGGCGAUAUGUCGACAAUUACAAACUUUAGCUAAUGAAAUACCACACGACAUACUGUGUGGAAUUCCAUAUGCAGCAUUACCAUUCGCAGCAGUAAUGUCAGUAAAUACAAACACACCAAUGAUUAUGAUGAGAAAGGAAACUAAAUUAUAUGCAACUAAAAAAAUCUUAGAAGGAGUGUUCGAGAAAGAUCAGAAAUGUUUAAUUAUCGAGGACGUAGUGACAUCUGGUGGCACAAUAUCGGAAGCAGCGAAAACUAUUCGCGCCGAAGGUUUACAAGUCGCACACGCUGUUGUAGUUCUCGAAAGGGAACAAGGUGGCGCUAAUGUGUUAAAAGCAAAUGGCGUCCAUGUAAAAUCAUUGUACACGAUGACUAAUUUAGUGAAAAUACUAAGGAACGCUGGACGAAUAAGCGACGAAACGGCAGAAAUAGUAUCCGAUCACAUCAAGGAAUGCCAAUUCGGUUACUCAGUUUAGAUUGAUGGUAAAAAAACGAAAAUUGCAUUAAGAAAUUCAACGUGCACGCUUAAUACUUUUUCUUUUUAUUAACUUAGAUCUGAAAUUAGCACUCAUUUAUACAUUUGUUGGUAUUGUACUUAUUUUAUUUUAUUAAUUAAUAAACUAUACGAUGAAAUAUUUAUUCUUUCAAAACUUAUUAUCAUAUUGAUAUAUUUUUAUUAUUUAUACUGAAAUAAAUGUA